AUGCCGGUCUCCAAGCAGCUCGCCGAGAUCAUGAAUCGGCACAAAGAUCUCUUCGCUGCGCAUCGGGAUGACGCCUCUGAAGAUAGCAGCUAUUCAGGGGCUCCUGCCCUAUUAUCUCGUCGUCUUCGACUGGUACCCAAGCACUUAAGGGCCUACGUCUAUGCAGCGAUGGCGUUCAAGCAAGAUCACAACUUUUCAAAACAAUCACCCACCUAUCAUGAUCGCAAAGUCCGAGCCUCAAUUCAGGAGGAGGGCAGGUUUGCUGCUGCUUUCACACCUCUCUUUGUUGGCAUGUCGGCGGCCUUUAGUGAUACCGACACCAAUACCGCGAUGAUUGCUACGGCUAUUCAUGAUAGCUGCUACUUGAUCGACUUUGCCGUCCAAAGCAUUGAUCUGAAAUCCUCGCAGGAGUCUGAAGAUCCUAUUGCAGAUCAUGUUGUAAAAGAGUUGAAGAAGUAUGAACAGAUUAAUACGAGCAAGUUCGUCGGUGCUGGCAUUCCGUGGGAACUUGUCAAACGUAGUCCAAGAUUGUGUUCAAGGCUCUGGCUAGAACUUGACAUCAUUCCAAUUACAAUCCUCACACCCGGCUUGGAGAAACAGGAAGCUGAGAUGAGGGGUGAUAUCUCCUGGGCUGAUAAAAUGGUCGAUGAGCAAGCAGAUUCCGUGGCGAGAAAGUGCAUCAUGCAUUUUGGUCCCAACCUAACUCCGCUUCUUCAAGUGGGCUGGAGAGGUGCCGUUGAAGUCGAUUCAGGCUUUCAAGCUCGCCUCCUCACUCCACAGGACUUCAAAACCACUUGUAGUCCUCGCACAUGGGAUGCAAUGAUGAAGUUUGUCCUAUCAUUGAAAGAAAGGGGAACAAAAAUUGCAUUCUUCUCAAGUACACCACAGGGGGGCGGUGUUGCCCUCAUGAGACAUGCCCUUAUUCGAUUGGCAAUGUCUCUGGGAGUUGACUUGAAUUGGUAUGUGCCAAAACCAAAGCCCGGAGUCUUCCGCAUAACCAAAAAUAUGCACAACAUUCUCCAAGGUGUUAGCAAACCACAUGAGGCCAUUAGUGCUGAAGACAAGGCGGCCUUGGUCGCCUGGAUCCAGGAUAAUGCAUCUCGUUACUGGCUUAAUCCAGGCGGCCCUCUGAGGCCUCCAGAGGAGGGUGGAGCACAUGUUAUUAUAAUUGACGAUCCUCAAAUGCCAGGUCUCAUCCCUUUAAUCAAGGAAAUAACUCCCGAUAGGCCAGUUCUCUAUCGUAGCCACAUUCAAAUACACAGUGCUCUGGCAAACAUCGAGGGGACCCCUCAACAUGAUGUUUGGCAAUUCCUGUGGGCAAAUAUCAAACUAGCAGAUUUGUUUAUCAGUCAUCCAAUCCCAAGCUUUGUUCCCGAAAACGUCCCAAGACCGAUGACCUGUUAUCUUCCAGCAACCACAGUGCCACUCAAUAAGGAUGUUAGUCUUCAAUAUGUUCGAUUUGCUGGCAAAGCUGACCAAUUUUACAGGACUGAGCUGAGAUAUCCAGAAAAGAAAUAUAUUAUUCAGAUAGCCCGGUUUGAUCCCGCAAAGGGAAUCCCAGAUGUUAUCGAAGCCUAUGCCGAGUUCCGGCGUCUUUUAAUUAAGAAAUCUCCGCUUGCGGAUGCACCUCAAUUGGCAAUCUGCGGCAAUGGCUCAAUUGACGACCCUGACGGCGCUCAGAUCUACGACCAAACGAUGGCUACACUAGAAACCCGCUACCCAGAUCUGCUCAGCUCUGUCUCCGUCAUGCGCCUCCAACCCAAUGAUCAACUCCUCAAUGCCCUCAUCUCAUCUGCCCACUUUGUCCUACAAUUCUCGACCCGAGAAGGCUUUGAAGUAAAGGUCUCUGAAGCCCUCCACAAGGGUAAGCCGGUAAUCGCAACUAAUUCUGGUGGCAUUCCACUUCAAGUACAAGACAAGAAGAACGGAUAUCUAAUUGAGCCGGGAGAUUGGCAAGCUGCUGCUGCCCAUAUGAUUAAUCUAUGGACGGAUGAAAAACUAUAUAAGAGGAUGUGCGAUUACGCGAGCAAAAGUGUCAGUGAUGAGGUGGGCACGGUUGGAAAUGCUCUCAGCUGGUUUUACCUUGCGGAUAAAUUCGCUAGUGGGGAGAAGCUGGUACCAAAUUGUGCGUGGGUUAAUGAUAUGGCAAGGGAGGCCGCCGGGAUAGAGUAUGAGGAAGGGGAGAAUAGAUUGCCUAGAAGCUUUACGCAGAGGUGA